AUGCAAAUCUUUAAUACUCCCUACACGGUGGCUUCAAUUCUUUUCCGGGCGUCGCCCAUCGACCCAGCCCUCCAUCCUUCGUCUCCGCCUGCUCCCCAGACCCACGAUCUUGCCAGCUACAACCGUACCACUUCCAUUGACGAUCAAUCUACGUCUCAGCAACCGGGAGCGGAUGCUAUAGCGGAGCAAUCAAACUAUAGCCUCGACACCUACAACGGAAUUGGGAGCAGUUUCCCAGGUCCCAACUCUCUUGGUCCUUCUCUUCCGGGUCUCUCUGCGCUGGCUUCAGUCGCGUCUGCUCCAACAUCUAAUCUGCGUGCCUCCAACAGCGAUGCAAAGUUACCCAUGGCCAACAUGACUUACGCAACUUCUUCCCCCGCAGCCAUGACUGGUGGACAAGGCAAUAAUCCACCUGUCUGCCAGAAUUGUGGUACCUCGACCACGCCGCUCUGGCGAAGAGAUGAACUCGGCUCGGUCCUUUGCAACGCUUGUGGCUUGUUUCUCAAGUUGCAUGGCCGCCCUCGUCCGAUAAGCCUAAAGACUGAUGUGAUUAAGAGUCGCAAUAGAGUCAAGACCGCCGGUCAAGGCCCUAAGCGUAAGUCAAGCAGUGCUGUAGAUGCGAAUGGUCUUCCGACAUCGAGGUCCGAAGACGGCACACCACCUCUGGGGUCGCAGGGUUAUCGUCGCGCAUCGCGAAAGACGUCGCCGGGCCAUUCGGAUCGGUCCAAUUCACCAGUGUCCCGGACUGACACUCCCGGAGUUUCUGCCUUGCAACAACAGCAACAUCAACACACCUCGAACAUUGCGCCCCAGCACAUGUUCGACAGCGUCACACUCGCCGACCAUACUCUGAAUCCGCCCAAUGGCAUCACCUCCCUUCAGCUGCAUCAACCGUCUCCCACAUCGACCUCCGCGGCAGCGGUAGACCGUCAUGCCGAUGCGCCGCAGACAUACGAGGGACUCCUUGCAGCAAAUGCAUCAUUGAAAACGCGCGUGAGCGAAUUGGAACUCAUCAAUGGGCUUUUUCGGGGCCGCGUUGCGGAGCUCGAACAGAGCGACGCGACCGCGCGCCGGUCCGAGAUGAUCGUCCGCGAUUCGGAAGCGCGUCUUCGUCGGUCUCUCGAAGAAGCGCAGCGUCGAGAAGAAGAGCUCAAAAGACGCGUGAGUGACCUUGAGCGGCAGUUAGCCGACCAGGCCAACUUGAACAGUUCGGCGAACAACGACAGCCCCGGCGAACCCCUGUCCAAAAAAAUAAGGUUGUCCGACAUGGUAGAACAGUCGUCCGCAUCGCCAACGAAGUCGCCGAAGAGCAUAUAA